GCUGAAUGAGCUGUCAAUCAGAGCCACAGCACUUUUGCUAGAAUAGAGCAAGAGAAAGAGCAGACGUGUGGAGCAGCAGCAUGAGGGACACAGAACUCAGUACACAGAGCACUGCAGCCAUGUAAAGGUGGCUGUAGAGGACGUCCAAUAAAGACGGUCUUGCAUCAAACAGAAAAAAGUGAGGAAAGGCCCACACUGAACUGAUCCACUGAACACACACUGAGAGAAAGUUCAGAGUAGAUGGAACAUGGACAAAGAGUGGAAGGAGAGGAAGCGCAGCAGCUUUUGCAUGCUGAACUGGGAGCAAGUGAAGCGCUUGGACACAGUCCUCACCGAGUCCAUCCCCAUCCAUGGCAGGUGGAGCUUCCCUACACUGCAGAUGAAACCGCGCGACAUCGUUAAGGCCGUGCGAUGCAGAAUGGCUGAGCAGAACAUCUAUCUACGCGAGGUUCGGCUAAACGGCUCGGCUGCUAGCCAUGUGCUGCACGAGGACAGCGGCUUAGGAUACAAAGACCUGGACCUGAUCUUCUGCACCAAACUAAAGGACGAGCUGGACUUCCAGACUGUUAAAAACAUUGUGCUGGACGCUCUCCUGGACUUCCUGCCUGAAAUGGUGAACAAGACGAAAAUAACACCACUCACAUUAAAGGAGGCCUAUGUUCAGAAGAUGGUGAAGGUCUGUAAUGACUCGGACCGCUGGAGUCUCAUCUCUCUGUCUAAUAACAGUGGGAAGAAUGUGGAGCUGAAGUUUGUUGACUCUCUGCGCCGUCAGUUUGAGUUCAGCGUUGACUCCUUCCAGAUCCGCUUGGACUCCCUCCUUCUCUUCUACGAGUGCUCUCUGGAGAACCUCAUGAAUGUCUCGUUCCACCCAUCCAUCCUGGCAGAGAGUGUGUAUGGCGAUUUCUCAGAGGCCCUGGAUCAUCUCCGGCAGCGUCUCAUUGUCACACACAACCCUGAAGAGAUCCGUGGUGGUGGCUUGCUCAAAUAUUGCCACCUGCUGCUGCGAGGCUUUCACGCUCCAAACCGAUGGGAGAAAGGCGACUACCGUGAGCUGCUACAGCGCUACAUGUGCUCGCGUUUCUUCAUCGACUUCCCACGUGCAUCUGAGCAGCAUCGCAAGCUUGAGUCCUACCUCCAGAGCCACUUCGUCGGGCAGGAGGAGUGCAAGUUUGCGUACCUGAGCACACUGCACAACGUGGUGCGUGAGAGCAGCGUGUGUCUGAUGAACCGCGAGAGGUGCCGAGUGCUCGAGAUCAUCGCUGCGAUGGCUGUGAGAGCGCUGGCUGAACACAGUGAUGUUCAGAACGUGGAAAAUGUCACGUGCUACUACCAGCCCGCCCCGUACAUCAAAGACGGAAACUUCAGUAACUACAGUGUUGCUCAGGUGCAGAAUGUGUACACCUGCGAAACAGACCAAUCAGGGCAAGUCUGGAUCUGUUUGUUUAUGUGAGUCAUGUGCUGAAAAUAUAGUUUCCAUGUCACGCAAUCAGAGUGGAGCUAACGAUGGUCAGCACAACAUACCAAUCAGAAUGACUUCUCAUGUAGAAGGAAAAAAAAAGUUCAAAGCCAGACCUUUACGGAAGCAAAAGAAAACCCAACCAAUCAGAGAUCAGCGAUUGUAUAACGGACCAAUCAGGACCAAGCAAAGUGUAGUUUGGUUUGAUCUGAACAAAUCCUUUUUAUCUGAAUUUUAUAAUCAAGUUUAAGUCACCUGAAGCCACCAAUCACCGAGCAGGAGCCAUGUGAUGGACAGAAAAUUGAACAAUCAGAGAAAAGGUUUCUUUUUUCUGACCUGAACAUUAGAUUGUUCUAAAUUUUUAUUCAAGUGCUUUAAAACUAUGAUGCAGAAUUCAGAUCCAGAACUUUUGUGUGACAGACGGUGAAAACAGACCAACCGACAUGGACAUUGGUUUGAGACACAAAUAUUCUUUUAUCAUUUUUAGAAAAUCGUUACAUCUAUUUGGGACACCUUUUGGUUUGGUUUCUCCUGAAGCAACCAAUCAUGAAGCAGGGAUCUAAUGAGGAAGGCAAAAAUAGACCAAUCACCAUGACUUUGGCUUGGUUUGCUGGCUUGAGGGAUUUUUAUUUUUAAUUUCCAGAUUUAAAAAACAUGGAGAAGAAUUGGAGUCCACACCUUUCUGGCUGUAGAAGAAUGUUCAUAAAUUACUUUUUACACAAAAGGGAGAAUGCGAUGGUUGGAGACAAGAAGCGAGAGAGGUCACUCGGUUCAGUUUCCAGUGGACGCCAGGAUCUGUAGAAACACCCGUCACUCCAGCAACGUGAGCCUCAAAGUGAGAACUGAGCUAUGAUUAGGAACAGAAAGAGAGCAGACAGAGAGAGAGAGAGGGAGGAAGAAAGAAAGAAAGAAAGAAUAUUCCUAUUAGCUUUGCUCUGGAUUUAGUAUGAACAUAAAAAUGUCAAGUUUCCACAGUGCAGCAGCUGUGUUCUCAUUUUAGCAUUAGCCAAAUUCUAAUAUUCACUUUUAUUAAAAUUGAGAAGUUUACAGAUCUGUGAGUUUAAGCCAUCAUUUUUUGACUCAAAUGUCAAUGCAAAUACAACUUUCCAGCAGACUAUCCAUCUUUGUAUCCCUAACAAUAUUCUCCAAUAUAUUUACAUGUAUUUUUGCCAAAAACAUCACAACUUUAAUCCCAGAAUCUCAGAAUGCUCAUUAUAUUAAUGCGGCUUAUGCACUGAAGUGAUGUAUAUAUUGAUUUUUUUUUUACUUUAAGUAGCAUGUUUUCUGGAAAAUAUGACAUAAAUCCAGAUGUGUCACUAUACUCCAGAUGGGUUUUGCUGAUAAAAAGGAAGAAAAGACAAAAACUGAUGACACUCGGCUCACUGGGACAAGAUGGAGGAAUGAAAUAACCAAAGGGAUUUUUUUUAAGACACCAAGUUGUAUACAGAGAAUUCUGAAACUAUUCAAGUGCCUAUAACGGGACAAAUGCAACAAAGCAAUGUUAUGAAAGGACUUAUUUUAGUGUGUGUUUGAGAAAAAUGGGUUUGUUAUGCAUUAUUCUAAAUAGUAUAAAGGAAUAUUAUGGGCGGUGUCUCGUUUACUGGUUUGCAAGGGCUGUUAAUUGCAUUAACAAAUGUGUACGUGUGCGUAUAUGUGUGUAUAAGGUGUGUGCUACUCUCGGACACUCACCUCCUUCUACACGACCUCAGUGAGCUCUAGCUAAGCUCAGAUUAAGCGUGUAGAGCCAAUGCCAUUACAGCUGAAGGAGAAGAUGAAAGUCAUUUUCAUUAGAUCACAGCAAAAAUGUGAAACAGCGUCACAUUCUUCAACAUGCUUAAAGUUUUUACGCUCACUUUUGCUAGGCUAUAAAUUAUAGCACAGCACUGUUGAAUUCUGGAUUGUGAUUGGUCGGAAGGUGUUGAUUCAUUUUCUAUAACAGCAGCCCUGACUGUAGUGCAGCUGCAAAUCACAAGUUUAUAUCACUGCGCUUGCUCUAAUACGUUAUCAUUUCAGGACAGAGAGACAUAUAAGAGGCUGCUGAUGGAGUCAGUGUGAUGCAUUUCUGUAGGAUGGAUUUUCCUUUUAUCUUUCACCUCCAUCAUCUUCAACAUCUUGUAUUCAUGUAUUUUUGUAAUGUGUAACAUUUAAGAAGUGAAUAUUUCCAUGGUUUCCAAUGCUGUGAAAAGAUAAAAAUGUUUGUGACAAGUGGGGAAAAAAAAAAUUACUUUGUGUUUUCUGAAAGAAUCUAGCUUUAUUUUUUUCCCCAGACCAUACUGGUGUGUUCAUAUAUACUUAGUGUGCAAUUGUGUGUGUGCGUGCAUGUGUGUUUACUAUGUGUAUCACAGGGUUUACUGAUAAAAUAAAAUUUAAGUGUCCUUGAAA